AUGUCUCUGCUCCCUAUGUGCGUAUAUGCCAUCCAGAUGGAUGCCUACUUGUCAUUAGACAGCCAAGAACAUGGCCAAGCACCUCACCCACGCCAAAAUCUCCCCCACCGGUCCGCGAGCCGGGGCCACGCCGACCAUGGCUGGCUCAACACCUACCACAGCUUCUCGUUUGCCAACUGGUACGAUCCGCGGUACACGCACUUUGGCUCCCUCCGCGUCCUCAACGAGGACAGGGUGAAGGCCAACUCCGGGUUCCCCACGCACCCGCACCGGGAUUUCGAAAUCUUUAGCUACAUCCUGAGCGGCGAGCUGACGCACCGCGACUCCAUGCUCACCAAGGGCGCCGAGGGCGGCGAGUCGGACCAGUUCUCCCGGAUGAGGCGGGGCGACGUGCAGUUCACCACGGGCGGCACGGGCAUCGCGCACUCCGAGUUUAACGAGCACAAGUCGGACACGGCGCACUUCCUCCAAAUCUGGGCCCUGCCCUGGAAGAAGGGUCUUCCUCCCGCGUAUCACACGCGCACCUUUGACGAGGCGGCCAAGAGGCAGGGUUUCGUGCCCAUCCUCAGCCCGCUCAAGGCCGGUCCCGACGCCAGCGCCAAGGAGGAGACGGAGGCCGUGCCCUUGAUCCCCGAAACCAUUCCCAUCCACGCCGACUUCGUCAUGGCGGCCGGCAUUGCCGAGCCCGGCAAGACCUUUAUCUGGACGGUGGGCGGGGAUGCCACCGAGACCAAGAAGAGAAAGGUGUUUGUGCAUCUGCCCGCGACGAAGAAGGGCGCGGCCAAGAUUAGGAUAGACGGUAGGGAAGAUGCCGAACUGUCCGAGGGUGAUGGCGCGUUUGUCGAGGCGGUGAAUGCCGGGGACAAGCUCGCGAUUGAGAGCAUAGGAGACGCGGAUGCGGAAAUCAUUGUGUUGGAUACCGCGGUCGGCCUCGACGCCCCUGUGACCGAGAACAUUUUACACUCGAGAGCAGAGAGUGCGAGAAACCGCGGGUAA